AGCCAUUCCCCACACAGGACAACGGGGUCCCUCAGCCGCCGACCCUUGGCAUCGUCGCGCCUCUGCCCGGCCACCCUUGGGCGCGCAACCAUGCCGCUCGGAAAGCGCACGGAUCUCGGGACAGCAAGGUUUGCUGGACUGGAGGUGCCCUUCGCGUGCGACAUCGUGGAGGCUCUCAACGACGCCUCACAGGGUGGCUUCGACUUUGUCGUUGUGCCGCUGGUGCACCCGAGAUACCGGCGUCCCAAGAGAGUGGAUCACAGCGGGGCGAGGGCUGCUUUCACGCGAUCAGAUCUUCUUCUUACGUCGGGCCAGUGGGCGGGACAGGUUGUGGGAGCUACCAGCCCCUGGAUCAACGCCGACUCCCAAAAUGCCAUCUUGCGAGAGGACAGCUCUGCGGCCCUCCGUCAAGAGCUUGAUUGGGCAUAUCAUUUGGGCCUACAAGCUGUCAUGGUGCAGCCGAGCUUCCAUCAGCAGUCGGUGGCAAACACUGCCCGAGUGAUUGAACAGGCGCUGGAGUCAGCAUUGGCAAGCAUGACUAUGUGGGUAAGGGUGCCUCUGGCCAUUGGGGAUUCUCAGAAUCCUUCAGCGCACAUGAAUGGUAUGGCCGAAGCUGGCAAUGGGGAAGGUGCAAGUUCAAGAGAUCCAUGGGACUUGUGGAAUUCAUUGCGGCGGCUUUGCAACCAUCACAGCAUGCUCAGUGUGGCACUGGAGUUGACUGAGUCCCUCCCAGAUCGGCAAGCCAUUCAACGGUAUUUGGGAGAGCCUGUGAAGGCCCUCAUUAUACCCACACGGAUAUUCAUGACCAACAAACUGGGCUACCCUAUCUUGUCCAAGCGACAUCAGGAGGUUGUGAAGAUGUUUCUGGAUCAGAAUGUGCAGCUGGUACUAUCAGGUCCCAAGCUCCACACCACGCCACAAUCUGAAACAUUGGGUGAUGGUGCUGCUGGAAUCGCAGUGCAAUGCCCUCCAAGUGCAUCAGAUGCAAGAGAAAGCUAUCAUCACCCCCUAAAAAUCUACUGGGAUUAUUUGUCAUAUCUGUUCCGGCGAAUGGAGACAUUGACUGAGCAGGAACUGCUGGAGCUUGGGUAUAGAGACCACUUGCAGGUUCCAUUGGAGCCUUUGCGCCACAACCUGGAAUCGCAAACUUACGAAGUUUUUGAAAGGGACGCUGUCAAAUACGACACAUAUGAGGAGGCAGUGUACCAGGCUCUCAAAGAAUGGCCAACUAAACUUGGGGAGGAGGCCAAAGCAAUUGUACUCAUGGUUGUGGGUGCUGGUCGUGGGCCUUUGGUAGCAGCAUCGCUGAAAGCAUCUUCCAGAGCAGCCAGAAGACUCAAAGUUUAUGCUAUAGAAAAGAACCCGAAUGCGGUUGUGACAUUGCUUAACAGGAGAGAGGAUGAUGGGUGGGGAAAUAGGGUUGAGGUUGUUGCUGCUGAUAUGAGAAGUUGGGAGGCCCCAGAGCAGGCAGACAUAUUGGUGAGCGAGCUGCUUGGCUCAUUUGGGGAUAAUGAGCUGUCACCUGAGUGCCUUGAUGGAGCACAACGAUUCCUGCAGCCUCAUGGCAUCAGCAUUCCGUCUUCCUACACAAGCUACAUGGCUCCCGUUGCUGCCUUCAGGGCAUACAACAGCACCCGGGCCUACAGCGAUGUCAAACACCUUGAGACAGCCUAUGUGGUGAAGAUGCACAACCAGUCUAUCCUGGCACCUCCACAACCAGUGUUUACAUUCGAACACCCCAAUCGGUCCAGCAACAUUGACAACUCAAGGUACAUCAGCAUCACAUUCGAAAGGCCUGAAGGGUCGCCGGGGGCUUUGAUGCAUGGUUUCGCUGGCUACUUUGAGACGGUGUUGUACAAGGAUGUUGUCCUCUCCACGCACCCUGAAAGGCACACUCCUAACAUGGCCAGCUGGUUCCCAAUUCUCUUUCCCAUGAGAGAGCCUAUCGAUGUUCCUGCUGGCAAGGCAAGCAUAGAAGUGCACAUUUGGAGGUGCAUGGCGGAGCACAAGGUCUGGUAUGAGUGGGCUCUCACAAAGCCCACCGUCACACCAAUUCAUAACCCGAAUGGACGGUCUCAUUGGGUCGGCUUGUGA